GCGGUGGAGGGGCUCCUCGGUACUGCCCUCGAUAAUCCGAUUGUGGACGGCAACUUCGCACCCGUGAGCGAGGAGAUCUCCGCGCCGCAGCUGGAAGUGCUCGAAGGCACCGUGCCCGCCGACUUUCCGGACGGCUUCUACAUCAGAUCCCUCGUGCAGACCCGACCCGUGGUCAUAUCCAUAACCACGACGAAGUCUGUCAUAGACUUCUUCGUCCUCUCCAUCUUCUUUCCCCUGCACCUGAUCAGUGCCAGGGGGCUGAAGAGCCUCGCCAGCGUCGAGCCACGUCAGGCGGCCGGCAGCAAUGUCAGGCAGCCUGCGAGCGAUCUGCAGCAGUGGCAACAGCUGACUGGCCAGCUUUCGGCGCCGCCGGCGACGAGGCACUUCUUCGUGGCGCCAGAGGACGAGGUGGAGCGCGAAGACAUAUACUGCCUGGAGGUGAAAGGGCCAUAUCCAUAUGGAAUGCGAGAUGAAGGAGGGCUCGCGCUUGUGCCAGUCACAGUCCCGGCCAGGCGUGCUUCCCGGCGAAGAUGUCCGCCGUGGUUGCGGUUCGUCGGCCUCGCAGGGUCUGCUCUCGACGUCUUCGGAGCACGUGGCAGUCGGAAACGAGGCCGCGCAGAUGAUCGAGCGGGCGAGGCCGAGAGCGCAGACGCUUCUGUUCUGAAGUGGUUCGUGGCUCCUGUGUUCGAGAGGUGCGGCGAGACCAGGCGGGCGUUUCUGGAAGCGACGAGGGCGGAGGGUGUGGAGUGCCUGUUGAUCGGCCCAUGGGGCCCGCGACAAUCUGGCGCGCGACCGGCGGGUCGAGCGCGGGGCGUGCUGGCGUGGGAGGCGCAGCUGGGGCCGACGCAGACGGAUAUGGACAAAUAUAUCGGCGUGGGCGGCGUCGGAGCCGACGCUCAGAUCGCCGACGGGGUAGCGCCGGCGGCCCCCAAUUCCGACAUCCCCGCGCUGCGGGGGCAGCGCGGCCUCGAGCAGAAUCGGGCGGUGCUGGGUCUGAUCGAUUGCAAGCUGUACUUGUGCGGGCCGGGGGGGGCCCCAUUCGCUCCCCCGCCCGGGGCGCUCGUCUCCGACCCCUCGACGUCGCGACCCGGACAUCUGCCGCUUUCCGUCUCGCACUUUCUGGGCGGAGGCAAGGGCGCUUGGGCCGGAGAGAAACGGGGGCCCGCGACUCGGCAUCCCCGCGGGGCGAAGGACAGCACGGGCGAGGGCGCGAAGACGCAGGGGAUCGUUCCGGCGGCCGCCUCGUCGGAGGAUCUGGCAUCGCGUUGCGGCCGCGGGCUGCCGCUAGCAUGCGGCGGCGGCGCCGCAGUGGAAUGGGCGGCUGGGCACCUGGAUGUUCCUGGGGAGGGCCUGGAGAUGAUCGUGGUCGAUGAGGGCGACGGCCGUCCGAUCCGCGCCAAGUUGCUGGUCCAGGCGAACGCCGAGUUUGCGCGUUUGAGUCUGCUGCAUCUGUCGACCAUGGUGAGGCAGAAGGUCGGCGAUUUCUUCGUGGACGUGGUCGAGAUCAGGGGCGGCGAAGGUGCCCGGGGGUGCCUGGAGGUGCCCCGGGGUGCCCAGGUGCCCAGGCGGCGGCGCCGCCGCCAGGACAUCCUGUUCCGCGACCUCGUCGGAAUGAGCUGGCGAAGGCGCCCGCUGGUCGAGUCCGAGGAGUGCUCGUGCCCCGCUUGUAAGGCGGGCAGGGACAGGACAUCGGGUGCGCCCUCGAGCGGGAACGAGGGGGAGGUGCCGCUUCACCCUGCGGCGGAGUCGGUGGAGCUGGUGCUCCGCCCUCUGGAGGAGCUGCUGCCGCGCCCGCCGAUGGUGCUGUUGUGCCAACUGAGGGUGCAGUCGUGCCAACUGAGGAUGCUGUUGUGCCAGGUGAAGGAGCAGAUGCGCCGGCCCGGGCCGGAGCCAGGCGACGUGCUGCCAGCGAAGGCGCGCAUCUGGUUCAGGGUCCAUGGGGCGCCGAAGCUCAUCGUUCCUGAUCAGGAAGGCAUACGAGUGACCAAGGACGAGGUGUUAGACAAGUCGCUCUUCGCGCAGAACGCCCUGUUGAGCGUGCAUGGCACGACUUCCUACGCUGCUUUGUUCGGGAGGGUGCCGGGCAUUCUGCUGGUGUUUGGCGGCGUGGGCGCUGUUGACAUCUUCAGGGCUCCGUCGGACGAGGGCGUCGCUGGCUGGCGUGGGCCUUGCAGGGUGAUGUCUAUGGAGCGAGCAGACGAGGGCAUCACAGAUGCCAGGUGGCAGGGCAGGUGCCGGACCCGCCGCCUCGAGGACAGGUGCAACCGCGUGAGGAUGCUUAUGAUGGAGACCGCCUCGAACAUCGUUGGACAGAUGGAGAACGACUUCGGAUCCUACCGCUCUGUCUUGGGCAGUUCCUGCGCGCCUGACGCUGAAUACAGGAUGGGCUCCAGAGUCGUGGACGCGGUCCAGGUGGGAGAGGCGCUAGGCACGCAGGUGAUUUCGGAGGAGCCAGUGGCGGUGGAGUUCAGCGCGGGGGUCUUUAAGCUUUUGGUCCUGGCCGCGGACGAUGCCGGUGCGACGGCGUCAGAGGCACCAAGGCCCGUCUGUGCAUCAGAGGGCUUCAAGGAUAUGCAGCAGGACCGCCUGGACACGUGGCGCGACGGCAUCGAGACAGUCAGCGCAUCGACAGUCCAACUGGGCAUGUCUGAGGGCGCUGUGAAGAUCGCCAGGCAGGUCGAGCAGCUGUCGGACUUGGCAGUUCGCACGGACGCUGGCUUGCCGACUGAGGUGAUCGACGUGCUGCAGGGCGCGGUGGGCACUUGCACUGCGUGUCGUGUGGUGCAGCGUCGCGACAACAAGUCAAUCGCGAGCCUCGCCUUCGUGGCGGCGUUCAUCGAGGGUAUGAGCGUUAGCGGGGCUCAGGGCCUGUUUGUGAAGUCGAAGGGGCCAGGCGACGUGCUGCCAUCGAUCGCGCGCAUCUGGUUCAGAGUCUACGGGGCGCCGAUGUUUCUCGUUUCUGCGCCGCUCGGCGAUGUCAAGCUGGGCGAUCAGGCGGACAUCUUCAGGUGCCGGGCCCGCCGCCUCGAGGACAGGUGCGACCACGUGAGGAUGCUGAUGGCGGAAAUCGCCCCGAACAUCGUUUGCCAAGUCCCGGGGCUGCGAUCGACGCCGAGUCAGCGGCGUCGGAGCUGGAGGCUCAGCGCACAGCGCAUCCCAGAGAUCCGGGCGCUGAUUUGGAGCUCUUGCGACCAACGUGGAGGCCGUUCCAUCGACCAUCUAGGGCAGAUGGAGAACGAUCUCGGAUUCUACCAUUCUAUCUUGGACAGUUCCUUCCCGUCUGACGCUGGAUGCUGCAUGGGCUCCAGAGUCGUGGAGGCGGUCCAGGUGGAAGAGGCGCUAGGCAAACAGGAGAUUCCAGAGGAGCCAGUGGCGGUGGAGUUCAGCGCGGAGGUCAUAUCUCUGAUUGCAGCUGACAAAGGUCACUACGCGGUGUCGUAUGUGAGCUUCUCGGGCAAAGCCAAGAUGGUGAUCGGACGGACAGCUCAUCUGGACCUGCCCAGGGACACUGCGAAGACCACGGGGCAGUUCCAGCAGCUGUCGGACUUCGACGCGAGUAGGGAUCGGCUUCAUGCCGACUGGCGGACGGUGCGCAGCCGUAGAGUUCCUUUCGCGAAAGCAGCCUCGAGUGCGCUGUUCAACUUUGCCAGCGGAGACCUGUCGGUGCUGGGGUCCGUGGACUUCGGGGCCGCGGGCGGAGCAUGGCGGCGGCUUAAGGAUGCCCAGGACGGUCGCGUCGGCAUACACGCGGGCAUCGUGGGCCCCGAUGGCGUGCUCAGGCACUCCACCGAGGUGCCCAGCGCGGACCGCAACACGUUCAUGCACGACACGGCCAUCACGGAGAAUUUUCUUGUCAUCACUGAUUUCCCGCUGACGAUCGACGUCGGUCGAUUGUUCUAUUCAGAGGAAGGCAUGAUGUCCUUCCAGCACGACGCGCCGGCCAGAAUCGGCCUCAUGCCGCGCGGCGGGAGCGACGUGCAGCAGUGGUUUGACGUCUCCAGUGGCUACGGUUUCCACCUCAUGAGUGCUUUCGAGGACGGAGACGACGUCAUCGUGCGCGGGGUUUAUGCCGACUCCGUGGUUCUGGACCACUACGAGUGGAAGGCCGACGGCUCUCUGGACCGCGCCGAGGCCGUGAGCAAGUUCUUCUCUGGGGGCCGGAAGGCCUCGGGAAUCGCACCCAUGCUGCGAGAGUACACAGGGCAGCCCCACCGCUUCGGCUACUGCGUGUUCUACGACCGCGGCAAGAGCAACGCCGCUCGAAGUGGAAGCCCGCUCGUCGGCGGCAUCGAGAAGUACACCUUCGGCGACGGCGGCGAGGUGAGCACGGAGGAAAGGGUGCUGCCCGGGAACCUCGCGGGACAGGAGGUCGCGUACGUGCCGCGGCCUGGGAGCGUCGUGGAGGACGACGGCUGGCUUGUGAUGUUCGCGCAUGACUUAGAUCGGCAGCGCGCAAGGAACAUCGCGGGCCCGCCCGUGGCAAGGCUUGCUAUCCCGCAGCGCGUGCCGUUUGGCUUCCACGGGUGUUGGGUGCCAGGCCAGUGA